AACGCGAAGCUUCGGGCUGCAAAUCGUAUAUACUUCAAAAACUCUCUUGGUCCACAAAACAAGAUCUUUAUUUCUUGUAGAGGCAAUUUUUCCAAGCUUCCUAACAUCUUCAUAAGCCUUGGUUACUUUCUGUCAUCAGAAAGACGCCGAUCUGUUCCAGAUCAAUGCUUGAGCUUUCUGGUUAAUCAAUACGACUUUACUCAACACGACUUUCGGAGGGGGAGGAUCUUGCAUAGAAAUGGUAUCACCAAAGACGGAAUCACUCAUAGUCCGAAGAUCCUUACAAGAGCUGUCAACUCCACCGGAUCUGACCAACUGAGUCAAGGAGAGAAGGUCCUUAAUUGGCAAACAGAAAACGCACUCGCCCAAAAUCAACUUCUAACAACAAUAAAUCAUAAGAUUGACCAACUCACUGAUGGCUACAACAAAAGAUUGAGUAACCUAAAAAACUCAAUAAUGGAGAUCUACGGCCGACUCAACAAUCUUCAUCAAGAGAUGAUAACUAUGGCGCAACACAUGAUGUGUGAUGUCUGUGAGAAAGCUCCGGCGACGGUGAUAUGUUGUGCCGACGAAGCAGCUCUGUGCCCUAAAUGCGACGUCGAGAUUCACGCCGCUAACAAACUUGCUAGCAAGCACCAACGCCUUCAUCUCAAUUCUCUCUCCACCAAAUUCCCUCGUUGCGACAGACAGCCAGCCUCAAAAACCUGC